AUGGCGUCAGAAUUCAACAAGAAGCUCCUCUCCGAGGGUAACAGGACCGACUUCCCGAAGAAAGGUGACGAGGUCAUCAUCGAAUACACUGGCUGGCUAUACGAUGCUUCGAAACCCGAGAAAGAAUACAAGGGCAACGAGUUCGACAGCUCAGUUGGACGAGGGGCUUUCCAGACCCAAAUUGGGGUUGGCAGAGUCAUUCAAGGCUGGGAUCACGGCGUGCUGCAAAUGUCGUUGGGCGAGAAGAGCAGAUUGACAAUCCCUGGGUAA